CUGAACCCUGCUAUGCUCACUGCAGUAGCUUCAAUUCUCAAGUCUUUAGGCGAGGAUCCAACUAGGAAGGAAUUAGAAGGGACUCCUGCUAGGUAUACCAAAUGGCUGAUCAACUUCAAGUGUAGUAGCAUUGAGAGGGCGCUGAAUUGUUGGCUUGGGAUUCGGACAAAUGGUGCUUUGAUCACUAAUGAGGGGUUAGGUUUUGAUGAAAAGCUACACUCAGAGCUGAACUUGCCUUUUCUGUCACAGUGUGAGCAUCAUUUGCUUCCAUUUCAUGGUGUUGUUCACAUAGGAUACUUCGUUUCCAAAGGGUUUCAUCCCAUUGAGAAAACCCUUUUGCAGUCAAUAGUGCAUUUUUAUGGUAUUAAGUUGCAGGUUCAAGAAAGACUCACCAAGCAGAUUGCAGAAACUAUUUCCCCACUGAUUGGUGGAAAUGUGAUAGUUGUUGUGGAAGCAAGUCACACAUGCAUGAUUUCUAGAGGAAUUGAGAAAUUUGGAAGUAAUACAGCUACCAUUGCAACAUUGGGAUGCUUUUGUACUGACCUUGGAGCAAGAACCUCAUUCUUGGAGAGUAUUCCAAAUGACAAAUACAUCUCUUUAAGAUAGUUGAUGAUUGUUUAGCUCCAUUCUGAAGGGUUUCUCAAUUGUUCAUUUUUCAUCAUUCUAUGUAUAUUUAAGGUUUCACCAGUAUCGUUGUCGUUGUAAUAUAAUGUCGAUCGUGUUCAGUAUGAUGUGGGAAUAUUAAAAGUCCAGAUAAGAAUUGAA